ACGCCCCUUGCACCGGCUGUGACCAAUAAGGGCAAAUCACCCCCUAACCACCCCAUUUUCCACAAAUCAGAGUCCCGAAACCUGGCGCUAGAAUGCCGAGGGAAUCGAUCACUCAAUACAAAAUCGACCUAUUUUCAACCUAAUAGGAUUCAGAUUCCCUUGCUCAAUUACAUUUAGAACAAUAUUUCGUUAUGGCAAGUAUUAAUUUUGAUUUAGUUUCUGACUGUGCUUUGUGCAAACUGGUUUAAGUCGACCUGCCCUGGCGUUGGUCAGACAGUUUUUGUUGGACAGUGUGAAAACCAGGUCUCAAAAUUCAUUUCCCGCUGAUGUCCUACGGCAGUGAAACGCCGCACAUUUGGAGUAGCUCGUCUGGUAGCGAGGUCUCCCCAUACGGCCCUUUGUGGGACGCUCCACCUGCACCUGUACCAUAUCCAGACAUCCUGGCGUUUCCACCUGCCGACCUAGUAUGGUCGGCAGCAGGAUGUGGAAGGGGACCUCGGUCGACUUCAGGCGGAAAAAAGGUCCGCCGUCGGGUCGCAUCCGUCGCACAGCGACGCGCCGCGAAUAUUCGUGAACGUAGACGAAUGUUCAAUCUCAAUGAAGCGUUUGACAAACUAAGACGAAAGGUACCAACUUUCGCGUACGAGAAACGUCUAUCCCGCAUCGAGACACUACGCCUAGCAAUUACCUACAUCAGCUUCAUGUGUGAGCUGCUUCAUGGAUCACCACAACCUCAUCACACCACCCACCCCACAUUACAUUCAAGACAAAUCUUUGAGAACGAUGUACCGUGGUGCGCAUAAAUUAAUACUUAAUCAUUGUUUAUUUGAUAAUUAUCACCGAAGAUCGUAUAAAAAUAGAGACUGCGCCAUUGGAUAUUCAGGACAAUCCCCAAUUGUGAAUAAUUUUCG